AUGUUUUCUGUCCCCUCAGAAGCCGAUCGAUUGUUUAUUUUGUCUGCAAACGUGUACAAAACCUGUAAUAAGCUUAUGUACAUAAAUUGCUGUUAAUUUAUUACUAUUCCAUCUGAAAAUUACGAGAAAACGGAAAAAAUGUCUGUCAAAAUCUUCGUCGCUUUCACAAUUGUAUCGAUCAGCUCAAUGUUUCCGAAUAAUGCGUUUAUGAAUGCACAUGAGUAUUUCUACUAUAAGCUGCGAAAUGUCACCAACGACGAGGACCCGGUCAAUACGACGGACACAUGGUUUAUCAAACGACAAAUCCGUGACGAUGUUCCAACAGAGCUUCAAGCUAACUUCGAAGCGUAUCUCACUGUUUAUGGGAGUAUAGCAUGUGUUCUCGGAUCUAUUCUGAACGUUUUUGCAACGAAAAGCCUGUCAAACAGUACCCGUAUGAUUUGGGGACACAUUCUUGUCGUCGUCGUCUUUAUUCCAACAAUCGCUUUGACAUUUUGGAAUUUUGAUGAUGAUCAGACGUUUUUCUUCAAUCUUUCAAUGAUUCUCAUCUCAAUUGCUUGCUUUGGUUCACUUGGAUUGAUGGCUGGAGGUGUUUUGGGACUUUCUGCUCUUUUCCCAUCACAAUAUACUCAAGCGGUGAUGGUUGGUCAAUCAUUUGCUGGCGUACUUGCCGCAUUGAUGAGUAUUCUCUGUCAAGCAGUGACUUCCGAUGUGAUUCUCAAUGGACAAAUGUAUUUUGGAUUCAGUUUAAUUAUGUGCUUUAUCAGUUUAGCAACAUAUUACUAUCUUACAACUUUGACGCCUCCAAUGAUAACUGAUGAUGGAUCAGAAGGGUUGAUUGAAAAUGAAGAAGAAGUUAGUAUUGAGGCACAGGCAAACCAUUUUCCACCGAUUGACUCUGAUAAUUCUGGACAAACGGAGGAACAUCAAUUACCGAAAUGGACAAUGUAUACGGAUAUUAUUAGAAAAUCCGCAAUCGAUUUGACAACAAUUUCCGUUGUUCUUAUUGUAACAUUGGCCGCAUAUCCUGGACUGACUAGUCUCGUGCACAGUACAUCUCGGAAUCAUACUUGGAAUUCCUAUUUCUCCGCAGUCGCAUCGUUCCUACUGUACAAUGUUGGAGAUCUUAUUGGAAGAUCCAGUGCCAAUUCACUUCGACUUUCACCAAAAUACCUGCUGAUCAUCUCAUUUCUGCGAUUCGCAUUGAUUCCAAUGAUUGCAAUGUGUAAUGUUGCUCCACGAGCACAUACUCAUGCACUUAUUCCAUAUGACGGUGUUUUUGUUCUUCUUGUAAUUCUAUUGUCAACUUCUCAUGGAUUCUGUAUUACAAAUGCGACAAUUGGAGCGACGACAUCAAUUGAUAAGGAUAGCCGUGAACUCGCUGGAAGUAUCAUUGCAUUAUUCGGUGUAACUGCUGCAAUGUUUGGUGGAGUUCUGGGAGUUUUGAUUAUCAAAUUAGUUUGAACACUUUUCACUUUUUUCAGUUUUAUAUCAUUUUUUUCGUGUAUUCAUUUCUCAUGUAUUUCUAUCUACUAUACUUCGAAAUCUCUAUGUAUAUCCAGUUCAACUGACGUGUUUCUUCAUUUUUCCCAAAUUUUCAACGAGUAUUCCCAUAUCUUCCCAAUUCUUGGUGCCUUGUGAUUGUUUUAUGACUAUAUUUUUAUUUUGCAAAAAUUUUUCAAAUUUCUC